UCGGCACCGGGCUGUCGCUAGUCUGCCCGGUCUGCAACAGACAGCUGAGGGGUUUCCAGACGGGGGAUCCCAGCUUCAUUGCGGCCUUAUAAUAUCGAAACGCAGAAGUGUGAAGUUUAUUUCAAUGGCGAAAACGUACGAUUAUCUCUUUAAACUCUUGCUUAUCGGAGACAGCGGAGUCGGCAAGACAUGUCUGCUGUUCAGAUUCAGCGAGGACUCCUUCAAUACCACCUUCAUAUCUACAAUAGGAAUAGACUUCAAAAUCAGGACAAUAGAGCUGGAUGGAAAGAGAGUCAAACUUCAGAUAUGGGAUACUGCGGGCCAGGAGAGGUUUCGCACCAUCACUACAGCAUACUAUAGAGGAGCAAUGGGUAUUAUGCUGGUCUAUGACAUCUGCAAUGAGAAGUCCUUUGAGAACAUAAAAAACUGGAUUAGAAAUAUUGAAGAACAUGCCUCAUCUGAUGUGGAGAAGAUGAUCCUGGGCAACAAAUGCGACAUGACUGACAGGAGACAGGUGUCUAAAGACAGAGGUGAAAAACUGGCCAUUGAUUAUGGAGUUAAAUUCUUGGAAACCAGUGCAAAGUCUGGCUUGAAUGUUGAAGAGGCUUUUUAUACCAUGGGAAGAGACAUACUGCAUAAUUUGAGCUCAAAGUCGACUGACAACAGUGCUGGAGGAUCAGGCAAACCGGUCAAGAUCACAGAGAAAAAGUCGAAGAGAAUUAAAUUCUUCAAGUGCUCGCUCCUCUGAGCUGCUCACGUGUGUGGCGUGACAUUGGUGUUUUGGAGGGUUUCCGCCUUUUGGCCUUCCUCGCUGCGGAGGCGGCCGUGGUCAUAUAAUCAUGGGGCCUUAUUGCCAGCUGGACUUACAGGUUCAUGGGAGGCUGAGAUGCUACCCUGAUCUGCUGACCAGACGAGGAUCAAUGAGGAACGAGGCUUUAUAUGUGUUCAUGCAAAAAGACUGAUGCAUGAAUAUCAGCAGUGGUUUGUAGCUCACCCUGCAGUGCCUGCUGACUGUGGACAUGUCUGUAGGAUCUCUUAAAAAUAUCUGUUACAAAUAUUGGUCUCAUAAAUGGGAAAUGAAGAAAAAUAGAGUAUUUCAUACAAUGUAGCAUCAUUUUAUAUGCACUACCUAUUGUUACAUUUACUAUGACGAUGCUGUAAGAUAAUCAGAGUUUCAGAAUUGGUUGUAAUUGUCUGUGUGAAUUCAUAUAUAUUAAGAUUGUGGUAUCCAGUGUUAAUGCCAUCAUUUCUAAUUGUACAUGUGUGCCUAUUUAAAGUCACAGUAUUGCAAUAGAAAGACAAAAAUAUGUAAAGAAAAAAUAGCAACAACAAAAGAAAAACCAACCUACUGUUUUUUUACAUGUUAUUUUUAAUAGAACCUUUAUUUGUACAGGGUUCUGUGUCAAAACAAAGCUGUGAAAGAGUUUGUUUCUUGGAAGCUUGUAUUUAAUACAUAUUGUUACGCAGUUGUCAGUAUUUGCAUGAAAGCUGUAGGGAGACCUCAGACUAUUAAGCACACAGUAUCUGAAAUAGAAAACGUUUACAGACAGUAUUUGAAAAAUGUUGAGCAUAUAUAGGAAGUGAAAGUUUUUGCUGUUCACAUAUUUUGUGUGUCAUCACAAGUAGCAGUUGUGUUCUUGCUUUUAUUUCCUCUCGAGACUGUAGACACAGAGCACCUUCCCUUCACACGUCCAAUAUGAAAACACAACGACUGGAGAAAGCUGUAAUGUGAAUGAUAGUCUUUGUAAACUACUGUAUGUUACAUCAAUGAAGAGUAAAAAUGGAAAAGAAAGUGGAUCUUUACGGGAAUGUUGAUUUUUUUUUUUUUUUUUUACACAACUACACUGCAUGGUUGAAAAUGUUAAAAAAAAAACUCUGGUAAAGCUUUUGCCCCAUCA